CGACCGGAGCCUCGCCAUUAUUACCUAUUGUGUCUCCAAAGUUUGUAUUUGGUGGAAUGGUAAUCCUCGACAAGGAAUUUCUUCAUAAGUGCACACAAAGACAGUUAAUUUGUAACAAGAUGGGAACCGACCAGUUUAUUUUUCUCAUUUUCAUGUUUUUCACGAUCAUUUGACAUUGUUUGCCGCAUGGAUUUCCCUCCGCUGGGCCACCUGCGUAUCGCAAGCCCCGACGAUGUUCCUCGCAUUAGCGUCGUGGCAACUGCCGCUUUUCGAUACUCUCCUCUGUUCGAGUGGGAACGUCCCAAUCAUGCAAAGUACCCCGAAGACACAAUCGAGUCGUACCGCGCCCAAUUCCUGGAUGCCAUCCAGAGCGACGAUCAUAUAGUCCUAGUCCGGGAGGACGCUUACUUGUGCGAUGAAAACAACAAGACAGCUGCCAUCAUACCGGACAACACCGGUUGGACUGCUCCCAAGGCUGGUGAACGGGUCAUUGUCGGUGUUAUUUCCAUUAAACUCGACCCAGGCUCUCCUCAUGUUGGUAAAUUGAAAAAUAAUAAUGGUUGUUAUCUCGCAACUCCACAUAGCCUGAAUCGAGACUUAAACCAACGCCACUAUGACGAGUGGGGCCUUCUCUCUGCUACCGCCAAAAGGAAAAACAGAGUCCACAGACACUCCACCAUCAGCAUGAUAGUCGUUCACCCGGCAUACUGGAGACGUGGCUACGGCACUCAGCUGGCAACAUGGGCUAGAGACCUCUCAAGAAUGGACAGGAUCCCUCAGUGUGUCAGCGCUGCGCCCAUGUCCCAGUGUCUGUUCAUGUCUCUGGGAUUCCGGGAGAUCGACGCAAUUGUGGCUGAAGGAGAUAAGGAUGACCCUAGAGGAGUCAAAACACUGUUGCUGGAGUUCGGACGCGAAUACCGCGGCGAGCUUUACCAACAUCUGAUUCUUCGUUGGAUUGUCAAGGUUACAAAGGACUCACUGGUGGGGCUCGUGAGGUGGACACAGCGUAGGUUGAAUAGGAUGCAGGUCCAGGGGAAUGAGAAAGGGGUUUGGUGAUUGUAGUUGUGGGACCAAGGGUAAAAGACCAAACACCAACUGGAAACACUCUUUAGGAGAUUUCAUGCAUCAGAGAGGACAUUAUCACGCUCUUUCAUGACCUCUCAAACCAGUCAGACAUGACUUCAAGAAAGAGCGUUCUUUUCACUGCCUACUGUUGAAUGAAUUAUUGAAUUCAUGAAUAUGACGACUGUCU